CGAGGCUGGAUAACCUCGUCAGACACUCGGACCUCAGAUCUGUCGUUAGGUUAGAGUCUAGAUAUUUUUGGACUCGCUGCACGUGGUUGUAUGCACCAUCGUGUGCGUGCGACAUUUCAUUUUUUCGCGUGAAAAGAACGGCUCGAUAGUCUCGAUACCGUUGCGUUUUAUUAAGAAGUGCUAUGUCGAGUCGAUCUGAUUGAUUAUAAAACUGAAUUUGCACCGUAAAGAAUGGCAGUGAGGAAACACCGCGGUGGCCGUGUGUCAACGCCGCGUAAGAACGAGACGCGGACGCCGAAGCUCAGCGACACGACGCGACCCGUCGCAUCCAAAGACAGGAGCAAGAAGGCUCAGGUUGUCGCCCAAGAAAUUAAGAUCGCGCGAUUAUUGGCCAACAACGACAAAAGGGUUCGGGAUAAGGUGCUGAAGAGACUGAACAAAUGGCUGAAAGUACGAUCCGAGAGUUCGUUUGUGUUCACGAAGGCGGACUUCAUGAGCCUGUGGAAGGGCCUCUUUUACUGCAUGUGGAUGUCGGACAAGAUGCUGAUCCAGGAGGAGCUGGCGGAGUCGCUCAGCAAACUCGUGCACUGCUUGAAGUCAAGGGAUGCCAUUGUACUUUACGUUAAGUGUGCCCUAGGGACACUCGCCGCCGAAUGGUUCGGCAUAGAUCAGUAUAGACUGGACAAAUUCUCCAUGUUGGUCAGGAGGAUCCUUCGUCAAACGUUCGUAGUCUGUAAAAAUCAGUCAUGGAACAUGGAAUGGGUGACAGAGAUCUCGCAGAUGUUUAAGGAGCUCUUUUUACAUGCCAAAACUGGCCUGGGAUUUAAUUUGCAUGUGACGGAGAUAUAUAUGGAGGAGUUUGCCAAGGUCAGUGAUGGAAAUCUGUCAGACGACGUAGUCCUGGAAUUUCUUAAGCCCUUCGUUGAGUAUUUAAUGUCCACAGUUGACGAACGGCAGAUAAAACAUAUCAUGCGGCACGUUUUCAGAAACUUGAUAUUCCAAUCGGAUAUCGGUUUAGACUACAUGGAGAAAUUCGGAGCUUGGAAAGCUGCUCGCUUUCCCUGCACAAAUAUAGACGAUAUGCAAAAAGUAGAGAUAUCCGACACAGAAGAAAAUUCCGACAACGAGGGCAAAGACUCUCCUGAAGCUGAGACGCAAAAUGAAAUCGAGAAGCCUUUAGAUCCAAGGGCGGGUAAAGUGGAUGUCGAACUACCGCAAAUACCUGUUAACGCCGCGAAGAUUGUCAAGUUGCUUUCAACGUAUAAAUUUCACCCGUCGUCGACGGCAAAGUCGCGCAGACAGCUCUCGAGACUCCUUCACGAAUUUACGGAAUUGUCACAGGGAAGGAUGCCGAUUGGAAUAAAGCGAGUCCACAAAGUAAAUCGACAGAGAAAGGAAAUGGAUUCGCGAAAGGGUGCAUUGCGCCUCAUCCAGUUUGAGAAGAAGCUGCUCUCCGACAACGUGAAUAAGAAACGAAAAAGAGGUAAAAGCGAUUGGAGCGGAAAAGCGAUUUUCGAUCAAGUUUCUAUUAAUAAUCCGAAGGAUGGAGAUACUGAAUUAGACCUAGAAUCUGAUGCUGUUGACUCGGAAAGCGAACUGACCGACACAACAGCAAAGGUUGAUUUGCAAGACGUAGAUGCAAAUGCAGUACAAUUUAAGAAACGGAAAAGAAGUGAUUCAACGUGUGAUACAGCUGGCACUAAAUCCGAUAUUACCGAGAACAAGAAAAGGCCAGGAGUAGAGACUUCCAAAAAGAAUAAAGCUACAAAAAUCAAAUUGAAUCAAAAGAGUAAAAAGUCUAUAGCAGACAAAAAUGUAAAACACAAAAUAAAAAAGAAAAUCCGUGAGGUACAAGAUAAUACAGAUCAACCUACCUCUAUUUCGCCAAUUAUUAACAAAAAUUCCAUUAACAAAAAAAUUCCAUUAAAAGAAACCAACAAUAAAUAUGUAGCCAAGAAAAAAAGUAAGUCGAAAAACACGAUUACGCACCAAGAGGCGCAAAACGAACUACCACAUCAGGUAAAGAAGCAGACUAAUUUAAACGAUUCCCCGAUGGAAAAGAAGAAGGUGGUCUUCGGACUCUCUCGUAAUACAGCGCAAUGUACAUCCGAGUAUCGUCGACAAAUUCGCAAAAGUCCGGGUAUUCCGUUUGACGCGAAUAAAAAACCGUUGGCCAGCGUGCUGAAAAUGUGUCCUAUACCAAGUCCGCUUAAUCCAUUUUACAAAAAAAAUAGUGCACCAAAAACGUCAUGGAAUUUGAAUCUUCCUGUGAAAUUGUGCUUGAUGAGAAGACUAGACAAUUUUUAGGUAACUGAUGAGAAAUGAAUGUAAAAUAAUGCAAUGCAGUGUGAAAAAACCCCUGCUAUUGGGAAUAUUUUACAGAAAUGUCGAAAACAAUUAUGUUUGUGUUGAAUGAAAUAAAUAGGAUCGCAAUUCA